UACGACCAGUGCUUCGGAGCUGUUGCUUUAAAAACGCUUUUAUUUUUAACGGUUUCGUUUACUGGUUACUUUUACUCGUUGUGGUGGUUCCUAGGGUGGUUUUUCGUUUUUAUCGCGAUUUGCUAAGGAUUUUCGGUCAAUAGAAAAUCUCAUUUAUCCAGCAAAUCCUCAACAAAAAAAUUAUAAAUUAAAUUAAAGUGAAUAAAUUUUUGCAAAAAAAAGUGAAAAAUAAAUCAAUUAAAAAAUUAAAUAAAAGUGAAGUGAUAAGUGUUAAAAAUCCACUUUAAAAGUUUUUCUCAUUCAAUUAAAAAUCAUUAAAUAAAAAAAAUCUUUAAAAAUUUCAAUUCAUAAAAAAUUAAAAAAGAAUCAAUUAAAUUAAACAUAAAAUGGCAACAUUGAUUUUAAAUCCGCCAAAUUACACAUUUAACAACGAAUUCAAUUAUAAUUCAAACAACAGCGACAGCAAUAGCAGUCACUGCAGCAGCAACAGCAGCACCAGCGCUAAAACUGCCUGUGACGAACCACCCAAAAUUAGUAAAUUCUUUAGCAACAGCUCCAACUAUCAGAGUAAAAUUCAACAAUUGAUCAGUUUCAGUUUUACUUCAUCGAAUUUUAUUUUCAUAACGUUCAUCUUGAGUAUUAGUAAACUCUGUACUACGGCUGCUACUGAUCCCAGUCAAACUGGCGCACCUCAACCUAAUACCGCUGUACCCAGUUUUCUUAUGCCCAAUAUAAGUGGUUCGGCUUUAUUGGAGAAAUUAAAUUCGAUUCGUGCCAAUACACUGGGUCCACCACCUCCACCACCGUCAUCAGCGGUUAAAGGUAAAAAUACACCAGCCGCAGCAAAUAGUUUAACUCAGGGUAGUAGUGGUGGCGGAAGUAGUGCCAUUUCAGCUGCAUCUGCAUCUUCUAUAUCAUCUCCGACUUCCUCGCCUUUAUCGCCUUCGUCGGCUUCAUCUUCCUCAUCAUUAAAUGCUUUUCCAUCUUUGUUCAAUAGUAGAGAUUUAAUAAAUAAGGAUAUGAAAUUUUUAAAUGUCUCAGGCAAAAUCGGCACAUCUUUGGGCAUAGGUAAGUUAUUCUCUUUACUUAUUUAUUUUGAUCUAAAACACUUUUACCUUUUAACUUAAAUGUCUCUUAAAAUAUUAUUAUUAUUA